AUGUCUGUUUGCUCCAGCCCGCCCUCUGCCUCAGCACCGCCUCAGAGGAAGCAGACAGGUGUGGACAGUUUGUCGGCGUCUCCUCCUCCUGUCUGUGCUCCUCCUUCAUCGUCCUCCUCUCCUCCUCCUCCUCCUCCUCCUCCUCCUCUUCGGUCGUCCACCUGUAAAAGACAGAGCUGCAGCCUUCCUCACCAUCAUCAUCACCAUCAUCAUCAUCACCAUCAUCAUCAUCACAGCACCAAUCAGAACCGUCUCUCCUCCACCAAAAGCCACACCUCCUUCAAGACGGACGCCGCCCACAUUAGGGAGGUGGCCAGAGAUGACUGUUGCGCUCACUGUGUCCUGGCCUGUCUCUUCUGCGAGCUCCUGUCCAUGUGUUCGGCUUUGGGGUGUCUGGCCUGCGGAGUGGGCGGGGCCGGCUGCUGCGACUCCAUGGGCUGCUGCUGCUGCUGCAUGGAGGCGGCGGGGGAGGCGGCCUGCACCGAGGAGGCGUGUCAGGCCGUGUUGGAUUGUGGGAUACUGGAGGACUGCUGCGGCUCGUCCGACUGUCUGGAGGUGUGUCUGGAAUGCUGCUCCAUCUGCUUCCCCUCGUAGAAACCGGCCAAUCAGAGGAGAGGACAGGUGACGAGGAAUAGAAAUGAAGACAGACGUCGGACAGCGCGACAAACCGAUUAUCUUCAGUUAAAAACUAGUUGCUUCUGCUUCCUAAAGACGAAACGUAGACGCCAGGAUCAGUGAUGUGAUUUUAAUCAGCGUUUCUUUACCGAAGAAUCAGUUGAAUCAUGUUACCGAUGCACAGACGAUAUUGUUUGUAGCAUGAACUCAGGUCUGUACAGAAGAUCUGAUGGUGAUAACUACGAUAAGUACUGAUGGUUAUCGGUCCGUGGUGAUUUGUACACUAGAGACUAAAAAAAGAACUCUAAUCAGCUGAUCUCCAUCAUAUGUGGUUACCAUGGUGACGCUCUGGCGACUGACUCCUUGGUCUUUACUGAGGUUUUAACGGUGCCUUAGAACUUGAAGGACGUACUUUGUAUAGAAUGAACUGGCACCAAAUCCAGCAGGGGUGAUCAGUAUUAUAAAAGGUUGGGGGUGGUGGUGGGGGUGGGGGUGUGUUCUGAAAUAAAAUAAAGACUAAAAUCUGCAGUUUGAUAAUUCACGUGAGCCUCUAUGACAGCCGAAAAGCACAAGAAAAAGACAGAUUUUCAAUGUUUUCACUGGUGGUAAUGUAGUGGAGAUCGG